GUUGCAGGCUGGGUGGAGGUGGUGGUGGUGAGUGGUGAGAUUAUCAGUGAUGUAUUUAAAUGAUCUGUCGUGUAACCUUUGGAAAUUCUUUGGCUUAAAGGAGGGAUUGCUAUUCGAAUAGAUAAAAUCAUAGAGAGUUAUUGGUCACUCUGUAAACAUGGCGAAACGCAGAAUAACGCAGGAGACGUUUGACUCGGCGGUGAGAGAGAACAUUGAGGAGUUCGACAUGGAGGAGAGUGAAGCUCUGAAGGAAGCAAUCGAGCAGUUUGAGUCUCAGGGUGUGGACUUGAGUAAUAUUGUGAAGGCAGUACCGAAAGCAUCAUCUGAAGAGACCACAGAUGAUCAAACGCAUGAAAUCCUCCAGGCUCUGCAGUCUCUCCAAAGUGCGUUAGAGUCCUCGUCCACUUCUGUACUGGAGAGCUUAAAGCUCUUCACCGAGCAGUGCUCCCUCGGCUUUGCUCAGCGAUACCUGGCGGCCCAGAAAGACGCCUAUCCCUCACUCCUGUCCUGCUGCCGUUCUGCUGGUGAAGACAAUGAAGUGCUCUCUGCUACUCUCGCUGCUCUUUCUGCUCUCACUGACGGACAGCCGGAUCUUCUGGACGCUGAGGGUCAGUGCUUUUUGAUAGAUACCUUACGCAGCCACCAGGAGGAUCCGGCGCUGACCUGCUUGUGUAUUCGGACGGUGCGUCACUGCUGUCUGAAACACGAGCAGAACAGGCAGGACCUGGUGAAGGCCGGGGCGCUUAACUUACUCGCCAGCACCAUAAUACGGCAUGUCAAACGGCCUGAGGUGGUCAAAGAGGCCUGCGCCGCUCUCAGAGUCAUGACCUUUGACGAUGACGUGCGGGUUCCUUUCGGCCACGCACACGAGCACGCCAAAAUGAUCGUAUUGGAGCACAAUGGACUGAAGGUCAUUGUAGAAGCAGCUAAAGCCCAUCCUGAUAACGUGCCAGUCCUCAGUGAGCUGUGUGCCACUCUGUCCCGCCUCGCCGUGAGGAACGAGUUCUGCCAAGACAUUGUAGAUUUGGGAGGACUGAAGUUUAUGAUGACGCUGCUAGCGGAGAGCUUGGACUGUCAGGAUCUCGUAAAGCAGGUGUUGAGUGCGUUACGGGCGAUCGCCGGCAAUGAUGAUGUCAAAGACGCCGUCGUGAAUGCAGGAGGAACAGAGCUUAUUGUCUUGGCGAUAAACCGGCACCUGAGUAACGCACAGGUGUGUGAACAGGGCUGUGCAGCUCUCUGCGUGCUCGCUCUGCGCAAACCCAAUAACUGCAAAGUCAUCAUGGAGAGCGGAGGAGCUUUGGCCGCGCUGCAGGCCAUGAAGGCGCAUCCGGAGGAAGUGAACGUCCAGAAACAGUCAUGCAUGCUGCUCAGAAACUUGGUGUCACGAUCACGCGAUUUCAGCCAGCCCAUUUUGGAGAUGGGGGCCGAGGCCCUGAUUGGUCAGGCCCUGGCCUCUCACAGGGACUGCAGCGACGUAGCGAGAGCCGCUCUCAGAGACCUGGGCUGUCAGGUGGAGCUGAGAGAACUAUGGACUGGCAAAAAAAAGGGCUUGAGUAACUAAAAAUGUCAGAAAUUGUAGAAAAGCAGGACUGCUCCAGCUAAAUAUAAACAUGUUCUUCUAGAUGUAUAGAAUUCAGGCUCCACGGUUCCAUUUUUCAUAUAUCUGGAUUAAUGGAAUUGAUUGGAUUGAAUUGGAUUGUUGGUGAUUUGACAUAAUACUGGAUUUUUCUAAGGCAAGACUAAAGCCGAUGAAAUUGUUCAUGCACAAAUUUGUUCAGAAAUAAAGUCAAUCGCGCACAAUAUCGUUUCAUUUCAUCCGGACACUCGAUUGUCUUUGACGUGCCUGUCGUUGUUUCUCAAGACUUGACGUUGUUUCUCAGCAUGAAGUUAUCUCUGAUAUCUAAAUCCAGCUAAGCUUAUCCUGUUCCCAUUUAAAAUAAUUACAAAUAGCAAGUCCAAUAACCAGACAUUGUGUAUUCAUUAUUAAAUAACAGUCCUCAGUCCUUUGCUUAUGUGCUGUUCAUAGAUUACUCUAAAUGUUGUUAGGGUGUAAAUAUCUCAGUUUUAGUUUUGUGUUUUAUUGGUUUUUUAGUACAUUUCCGUUGAUCAGUUUCAUCGAUCAGUAUUUAACAGUAGAUCUCCAUCGACUGCAUAUGUAGUGUGUGUGUGACUGAUUACCAAAAAAGGAAAAAGUUUAAACAGGGACUGGCUUUAGUCUUUGUUUCACUAUAUACACUAUAUUGACAGACGUUUUGGGACACCCCUCCAAAUCAUUGAAUUCAGAGGUUGGGCUCGGCCCCUUAGUUCCAGUGAAAGGAACUCUUAAUGCUUCAGCAUACCAAGACAUUUUGGACAAUUUCAUGCUUCCAGCUUUGUGGGAACAGUUUGGGGAUGGCCCCUAUCUGUUCCAACAUGAAGGUCCAUAAAGACAUGGAUGAGCAAGUUUGGUGUGGAGGAACUUGACUGGCCUGCACCACAACCUGAUGGAACACCUUUAGGAUGAAUCCUCUCAUCCAUGUCUGUAUGGGCCUUGCUUUGUGCACUGGUGCACAGUCAUGUUGGAACAGGAAGGGGUUGGGAGCAUUAAAUUGUCCAAAAUGUCUUGGUAUGCUAAACUAUUCAGAGUUCCUUUCACUGGAACUAAGGGGCCAAACCCAACCCCUGAAAAACAACACCUGAAUUCAAUGAUUUGGAGGGGUGUCCCAAAACUUUUGGCAAUAUAGUGUAUGUGAUAUUUAUAAAACUCCAGUUUCAAUCGUACGAGAGCUCCUGAAUUUAACUCGAGUUCAAUUCGCUUGUUAUUGCAUUAAUUAAUGACCAUUUUGUGAUACUGAUUUGGUUUUUUUUUUUCUACUGGUGUGUUUCAUCUUAGUAACUUAUAUUCUUUCUCUGUUUAGUUGUCGUUUUGUUGUUUUCAGCUCUUUGAGCCUUUUGCCUUUUAUGUAGUGUUGUGGGUGUGAUUUAUACUAAAGUUGAGUCGGCUCUGUAAACGUGAUUAGUCUUUUGCUGGUGAUUGCAUCCCUGAGUUAAACGGGGUUAAUGGAAAUUCAUUCAUAGCUAAGGCAAUAUAACAACAGAAACCUUUUUUUCAUUUAAGAUUUGGAAAUUUUGGUUAUUUGUGCACAUACACAACAUAUGCAGUAGAUACAGAUUAUAGUAAAAAAAGUAGUUCUACUUUUUAAAUCUUUAAAGCACAGUGUUUUCUGUGUUUGAGCAGCAUGUCUUCCUGGACAAAUCUCUGAUUUACUGGAAUACUGGUCAUAAUUGUAUGCGGCUAAGGAAAGGGCUGUGUCUUGUGUGUCAGUGUACAACAGUAUCUGAAAUUUGUCACAUGAUCUGAAACCUCAUUUACGCACGCCUCAUUAAAAAAAACGACUGUCAUUUCCCACUGUUAACAUGGUUACUGUGCAUGAGAAGACGUACACUGUAAUAUUUCCUACGGUUGUCCAUGUUUAUGAGCUGGACCGUAGAACACACGACAUAAAAUGAUGUACCAACAUGUGUAACAACAGCCAAGCUCAGCUGACAAUGUGAAUAAAUAUACCUCUGAA